UUUGUAAAAAUAUGACUGCAUAUGUGAAUCUUUUUUUCUGUGUGUGAGCCCCGCCCCCAGUCAACUCCAACUCAAAGCAGCUGUGUGUGUCUGAGCCCCUCAGUCAAACUCAGAAAGCAGCUGGGUGUGCAGUUCGACUUUAACAGGAAACACAGAUUUUCUUCUGUUCAUGCAGUGAUCUUUCUGCUUUGCUUGGCUGGAUGUUUGUCUUCUUUUUUUAAAGAUGUUUGGAGAUAUAUCCAAAACAGUUGUUUUGGAUCUGGGUGCUGAGAACGAUCUCAACUACAAUGAAAAUGUCAACCAGAAGAUUGAGAUGCUGACUUUAGUUAAAGUCAGAAGGAACUUCCUCAACAUCACCAAGUACACGAUCAUCAAUAAAACACUGCUCAACCUGCUGGAGGAACCGGACUUUAACCCAGAUGUCACAGAGGAGGUUCUCGUGGUGGAUUUUGAGAACCAGAGAGACAAAGGUGGUCGAGGCUCUGUAGAAGCAGGAGUUGAUGCACCUCAAAUGAAAGUGAAAUUGACUGCAUCCAUGGACACUGUGGACGGAGUGUCCUCCUUCACUCUGAAGAAAAGGACAGUGGACACCCAUCAAUUGGAGAGAAUGGAAGACAAGAAGAUAAAGAUGAAGUUGGUGGACAUGCUCAAACUAAAGCAGAAAGAGAAGCUGACUUGUGUUUACCAGACGGUCUACAACACCACUCCUGUCACAUUUUAUGUAAAAGCGAGAAAGAGCGGUUUAGUGUCGGGAAUGUUCAAUAGAAUAUUCCAUGUGUCGCUGGAGAGCAACAAGAAGGAGGAGACGAGCUUCACUGUUCCCAAAGACACCACCUUUGCUUACGGCCUGAUAGAGAUCAACACUCAGGGCGGGACUCUGGGAAUUCCUCCACGACUCACGAAAGUGACGCGUCACGGGAAAGGAUGGGCGGGGAACAUCAGCUUCGACGGAGAUGGAGACGACUCCUGUAAGACGCUGGAAGAACUGAAGGAAGAAAUAUCAGAAAAGGCAUGUCUUCUGAAGCCGCUGGAAACACUUCCUCAGUCGAGCCGUCGUAAUCUGCUGAAAGUGCUCAGUGAGCUCGUGCGUGACAGAGAUGCUCUCACACUGCUGGAGGAAACAUUGGAUAAAGAAAUGACUGAGUGUCCACAGUCUCAGAGUGUCUCUUCAUUUAUGGCUCUUCUUCGUGAAGCCUCCUCCAAACAGAGAGAUGCUGUUCAUAUGCUGGUCACAGCCUUAGACGGUCUACCAGACGGUGCUGCUGCUCUUCUGACUGCCUGCAGUCCUGAAACACUCAGAGUUCUCCAGCAGCUGGUGAGUUGUCUAAUGGAGGACGGUCAGGCCAGACUUCCAGAGUCUUUGCCCGUCUCCCUGCAGGAGGAAGGAGAGAUUCGCUGGUUGGCCGAGAUCCUCUGUUUGACUGAUCAGAAGCUGAAAGAGCUGAGAGAUCAGUGGGACGGACAAGAGUUACCACGAGAGAUGCUGCUGGAGCUUGUGUGUCUCGUCGUGCAGGGACUCAGCCUGAUGCAGCCUUAACUACAUUUAUAAUGUAGACUGCUCUUCUUACAUGUAAGAGUCCAUUUAAAGGAAGGGACCACAACUUGUCAAGUGUCAUUCAGGGGUCCAUAUUGUGACUGCCUGACCCUCUGUCUGCUCAUUGGCUGUGUGUGUUCCCUGGGUGGAGGUUGGGACAGGUCGUCUGGCCAAUUUGCCUCACCUGCUGUGGGUGUAAGGGCAACCAGGGAUUUAAGGGCUGUCUGACCAUUUGUUCUCUCUCUUGCUGCCUCCAGACUGAGACUUGGUUUCAGGCUUCCACCUGCCAUGUGGAACUUAGUAUGAUUUACUCUUGCAUUCAACACUUCACACAAUAUACUCCACUCAUCCAUACACUGCAUACAUGACUGGCUUGGGCCUGUCUUCCCAAGAAAAGGACACUAUAAGUCAUAAAUUGAUCCACCAAAAAUGACCUAUAGCUAUGCGCAGAGGCGGAGAGUAAUGAAUUACAUUUACUCGCAUUACUGUAACUGAGUAGUUUUUUGUGAUUUAAAAAUCUGUAAUUUUAGUUUUACUUAAGUAUGUUUUGUGUGAAGUAUUGUACUUCGCUACAUUUUAAAUCACAUCUGUUUCUGAGUAAAAAAAUGUUGGCCGAAUUUUGUUUUUUAAAGCAAAGAGGAUUGUACAGCAUCAUUAAUCAGCAUGAUACAAUAACUUAACAUUCAUAAAUUAUUGCAGCCUGUGACAACCUGGCAGCUAGCUCUCAUAGCGACAUAUAAACUCUAACAAAACACAACAAACUCACAUAUGUAUGGACGCACACUAAAAGAAAUAGCUAUUAAAAAGAGUGCAACAGAUAAUUUUGUAUUGU